AUGAGUCAGGCUAUUAUACAAAACCAUCUGGAACAUCAGAAUCAGAGCUUUGGGCGCUCUCCGUCCAAGAAGGAAUUAACUGUUCCGUCCUUUGGUUUUGAUUCUGGAGAUGUGAGCAUGCUUCAGAGCUUGGAAGAAAACCCUGAAGAAGACUUCAUGACUUUAUUACCACCGGUAUCUUCGCAAAGACGAUUUAGUGACAAUCCCUUGACAGCCAAACAGCGCGUAGGUUGUGCCUUUCAGACGAUGAUGUCUCCAGCUAUAAUCAACUACUCCACUCGUAAUUUAGAACCAAAGGUCAAACUGCGAAGUGCUCCAACUCGCUCCUUCUGCUGUAUUUAUCAUAAGAGACAGGGUUACGACAAGCCCUAUCGUUCGCCAAAUUGUACAUGUUCUUGCAGUCAAUUGAGGAAAAAUCCAACUUCUAGCUCCUAUACGGAAAUGAUUAUGCUGUAUCCCGGAGAAAUGUUCAUGCCCAACUGCUGUUACUCUCCUCAUAACUCAGAAAAUUUACCCGCUGAAGAGUGUUGCAAUUGCUCUCGACACCGGAUCAACAGGUACGUAGUUGAAGAAAUGACUACCGAAGGCGUUAGUAAUCGGUGUUGUUCCCCAAUUCCCCACCAACCCCACAUUACCCCGGUCAAUCUUGGUAGUCCUCCCUUCCUAGCCUCUCCCUAUCGAAACACUAAUUCUCAACAAUUCACACAAGAGCGUAUGUCUAGACAAAUUUGUCACGAUCGCCUAACAGCUAAUAGAGACCCUGAGGCACCGUUUUUAGACAUGGUGUCAAAGAAUGAGACAUUUGAGCAAGAGUUGCAAAGACGACUUGGUAGGGAGGCGCAGAAGGAGUGGAGUGAGGAACCAGCAUGCGGACCCCAACCUCAGCAUUCCCGUCUCAUCCCACCUGAUCUGGUAUUUAGCCCUGCAUCCAGGCGUGUAUCAGCUGUGGAUAUCGGUGAGGAAGUCGUCGGAACAUCUGUAAUUAAUAUGCUAACAAUCAAUUCGCCAUCAAGACAGCUUUCUCGACAAAAUUCAAUUUACUCAAUGGAAGAGUGCGUUCACCAAUCCACUAUCUCACCUCAAGGAAGUUUAUGUUCCGAACGAGGUGCUUUUCUAACGCCUGAAUACAAUUGCAUUGCUCCCAUAUCGGAUCCAAUUAAUACUGAACCCAAACAGUGGGUCAAGCCUGCUAGAUCUUUUGACCAAUUUUCAAGAAGGAAUUUCAGUGUUCAUAGAGCUGCCUCGCACUCUCCAAGUCAUCUUGCUAUGCAUUCUCAAGAACAUUCAAGAUUGUCUACUGUACAUCGAUCAGAUACGGACUGCUUCAUGAGAACUCCUCAGCAUCGUAAAAAGAGCGGGUUGAGUAAAACGGAUGGGACUUUGAGUAUAACACCAGAGUUUCUCUCUCUAGAUUCAUCGAACAGUGACCCUCAGCACCAAGAAGCUGAAAUGCUGAAGGAGCAUCUGCUUCCAUAUAAGCCCGAUGGGCAGAAGCAUUUCAACGAAAAACAGCAUUAUCGUUCUGAUUCAGGUGGAGAUGGCAAAACAGUUCCAAUUCUACUUAAAUUCAAGCCCACAUCAUUGACAACUAGUGCUGAUUGUUUAAAACAGAGAAACGUGCCACCAGGAACUGACGUUUUAAGCGCUGGACAUCAGAGGGUUCCAAAUUGCAUUAAUUCUCAUAAGUAUCGUGAGGCGUCCAAACGAUUAGCUCAAAGGAAGAAAAUGCUGAGAACGGGUAAAGAUAUGCAUCCUCGUAAGAGUCUUGAAGUCGAGUCUGCCUUUUCAUCUUCUCAAUCCAGUGGCAAAUCUCAAAACAUCUACAUUAGAUCAAAGUCUUCGGAAAUUGAUAUGCGUAGUGGAGUUUCACCGAGUAAGAAAUGUGUGAGACGAGACUAUACCAUCGAUGAGAAGACGGAUGAGAUAUUCCAGACUUUCCUACAACAUGAUCCCCUAAUGGACGACAUGACCACCCAGCAUCCGCCAAGGGGAAGGAAGAAAAGUCUGCAACAAACUUGA